CCGUUCUGGCAGCGUCGCUGGACGACGUGGCAGCCGGUCAACUUCGCGAGCAAACCCUGGCCGUAACCCGCACCUGUACCCACGCCCGGCCCUGUGUGGUCAACGUCAAAUGACCUGUACGCAGCUGACACGCGCCAGCACACGGUGGAUGCUGGGCCGCGCCGUGACUUCCGUGGCGCCUAAGCUAGCGGCCUACCCCCCGCGCUCGCGGUGCUCGUGGAGCCGGCAGCAUCACGUUGCGGCCGCGGCCGCCGGCCCGGCGGCGGCGCACGCACACGCGCCUGCAGCUGCUGCGGCCCUGGCGCAGCAUGGGUACCACAUUAGCACGGCCAUGGAUGCGGGGAACAUUGAGGUGGUGGGGGUGACGGAUGGAGGCAGCACCAUCGAUUUGAACAUCCGCCCGGACCCGUACUGCGAAACCGACAAGCGUGCGCACUACCAGUGGUUUAACUUCAAGCUGUGCGGGGUGGCGGGCAAGCGGCUCACGCUGCGGCUGCUGAACGCCGGCGGCGCCAGCUACGGCCCCGCCUGGGAGGGAUACAGGGCCUGUGCCUCACACGACAUGCAGGAGUGGUACCGUGCGGCCACGGCCUACGACGCCGCCAGCGGUGUGGUGACAAUCACCCACGAGCCCGGCCCGGCAGACAUGGUGCACUACGCCUUCUUCACGCCCUACUCCCUCGACCGACACGCAGCGCUGCUGGGGCGCCUGCAGGGGGCGGCGACGGCGGCGGCCAGGGCUGCAGGGGCUGCGGGGGCGCCGGUGCGGCUGCGGGUGCUGGGCAGCACGAUUGACGGCCGCGAUAUCGACCUGGUGCAGGUGGGCCCCUCGCCGGCCUCCUCCUCCACCUCCUCCUGCUCCUCACCGCCGCCGCGGCCUCCCCUGCGCAUCUGGGUGGUAGCGCGGCAGCACCCGGGCGAGUCCAUGGCCAGCUGGUUCGCGGAGGGGCUGCUGGAGCGGCUGACGGACCCGCAGGAUGGGGUGGCGCGGCGGCUGCUGGACAAGGCCGUGUUCUACGUGGUCCCCAACUGCUGCCCGGACGGCUCCGCCCGCGGCCACCUGCGCACCAACGCCGCCGGCGUGAACCUCAACCGCACAUGGGCCGCCCCCGACCCCGCCACCAGCCCAGAGUCCUUCCACGUGCGGAACGAGAUGGACCGGACUGGCGUGGAUAUGUUCCUGGACGUGCACGGGGAUGAGGAGCUGCCACACGUGUUCGUGGUGGGGAACAGCGGCAUUCCCGCCUGGGGCCCCAGGCUGGAAGGGCUGCAGGCCGGCUUCUGCGAGGCCUUCAAGCGCCACGCGCCCGAGUUCCAGACCGCCAAGGGCUACCCCACCAAUGUGGCCACCACAGCAAACCUGGGCAUUGCCAGCAAGCAGAUUGGCCAGCGCUUUGACUGCCUGGCUCUUACGCUGGAGAUGCCCUUCAAGGACAGCGCCGACCUGCCCGACCCCCGGGUGGGCUGGAGCGCGGGCCGGGCCAAGAGGCUGGGCGCGGCGGUGCUGGGCGCAAUCCUGGAGGUGUCGCCCCUGCUGCGGUGAGGCCGCCUGCCGCGGUGAGAGGGAGGCCACCUGCUGCGGCGCGGCGCCAACCGGCGAUGAGUAUGCCGGUCGCAGGCGCGGGCGCGGGCGCGGGUGGGUGGCCUGGCCUGGCCUGGAGCAGGUUGCUGGGCGUUGGGUGGCCAAGGAAACAUGUAGGGAGCCUUAAGAACAAGGUGCUGGCCUUUGUGGAGGUUGCAAGGGGGUAACGGCUGACUGACGGGCGACUGGUAACGGGUGCAUAUGACAGGACACGCACGCGUGCGGCUCUUGAAUUUCUUGUGUGGGAUACCUGCCUUCUGGGAUGAUGCUUGGGAUGCAUAUCAUGCCGAGCAACCACAGGCGUGUGCUUCAUUCUGCAAGAGCCAUGUGAUUAAUGGCCAUGCAACUAGAGCCGUAACGGCGCCACGGGGAUUGAUGGGGGUGAGGGUUCAAGGAAAGGUUUAUGGUGCAUACGGUACCGUAUGCACCGCCAAUCUUACCGAGCUUAUGCCACAAUUAUGGGACACGUUUGCUUCUGCUUCCUGCACUGUGACUCCAUUGCCGGCAAAACCGCAAGGUGCGCGUAGAUGUCCGAAGGGCGGGCGCGCGUUCAUGUGAUUUAUGAACGUCUUCAGGCACUGCGUGAGCGCUCUGCUCUGUGGCGUGACGUGUGUCGGACCGUGUCGGACGCAUGGACUUUCGGGUCCGCAUGCCCACGGGCAGGAGUAGCAAGAACCAGGAGGAUCCCUGGAUUCGCCGGUGAUGGUUACAGAUAGGGGUAGUGUGCGCAUGUAGUGAUAACUGAUGAGCGGUCACACGCAAAUGCCCGGGUUCUCUGUUGCAGGCGGCCCAGAGCUUGAUGCGCCCAGAGCUUGAUGCAACCGCCCAGAUACAGGUGGUGGUGUCGCUUCAAAGUCUGGUGCAGCUGUGUUUAUCGCACGUUACACGGCUGGCAGGUCAUGCGGCCCAUUAGCGGGUUUGUGCCCGGAUGCACGGGUGUCCUGCCUGGAGGGCAUGGGUGCUGCCACGGGUGCUGCAGGCAGGUGCGCAUUCGUAGGACUGCGCCCGAGGCCCGUGAAGAAAGGACAUGAGGAUAUGUAAUGCGACCACAGUAUGGAUGCGAAUUACAAUUGAAGGGACAGUCCGACAAGCGGGGGUACACCGUACCCA